GAGGCUAUUUUGAAUUGAUCGGCGCUCUCUUUUUAUGAGGAAAUAUAAUCAUUAUAGCACUACGCUUGUUUAUCAACAGCGAAACUAAACACAGUAUAUUGAUCCUUCUCGCCCAGAACAUAACUCCUAUAGACAGAUGUAGCAGCGAAAGUACUUGAACACGAAUGAUUCGAUUCUCCAGCGAAGCCUAUGCUGAUUUGUUCUCUAUCACUAUCGCUAUAUAUACAACGGAUAACGAGGAGAUCGUGAAAAAUAAUAUUAUCUAGUACCAGUAACUCCGCGGAGAAGUCGGUUACCGAAUGCCCGCGGAACAGAAAGACAUUCUUGUUGACCAUGUGUGGUUUCUUUGUUUCAAUCGGAAUACCAUUCAAUCGAACCGGAUACUUGGGAUAUGCAAGUGACCGAGCGGGAAAGCUUGAAUGUGACAAGGUGAUGAAUGCUCCAACGAGAGUCACCGGGAAACCAUAAUAAUAUUAUUACUUCGGACCCGAAAAUGGACCCCGCAUAAGGGUUCCCCGCACUCGUGAUUCUAAUCAGUAUGGUUUGAUGUUACAGAUAUACGGUCUGUUAUGUUGUGACUCACCUGCGGGUAUAUAAACGUCUCGAAGAUCCAAAUAGUGAUCCACCAAUUCCUUCAUUCCUUGCACCCAAUGACAAUGUCCGGAAACACUCCAAGUCUAGGAGCAGAUGAACGGGCAACAUACCUCCUAGAUGCCCAAAACAAAGCUAUUCAGCUCUUCGACGAAAUCGAACGAGAUCUACUCCGGGCAGGCGUCGGUGAAAAGCAACUAAGCGAAGAGAUCUACGAGCUUGCCAAACGUCACGGAGUGCGAACCCAUUGGCAUAAACGAGUCGUCCGAAGCGGUCCCAACACAUUGAAACCCUUUGCCGACAACCCUCCUGACCGCAUCAUCCAGCCCGAUGACAUCUUAUAUGUCGAUCUAGGUCCCGUCUUCGAAGCCUGGGAAGCGGACUUUGGGCGCACCUUUGUCCUUGGAGACGACCCACACAAGAAACAACUACGCGAUUCCCUUGAGCCAGUAUGGAACACAGUCAAGUCGCAUUAUGUUAAAAACCCCGAUAUGACCGGCGAAGAGCUAUAUGAGAUCGCAUGUGAUGUUGCAAAGCAAGCUGGGUGGGAUUUCGGUGCCGAAAUCGCUGGGCAUAUCGUUGGAUCUUUUCCGCACGAGCGCAUCCCGAAGGAUAAGAUUAGUCUUUAUAUUACCCGUGGGAAUAAUCGACCGAUGUCUACCCCCGGUAAGGAUGGGAAGAGGCAUCAUUGGAUCUUGGAGGUACAUCUUCAUGACCGGGUUCGCCAGCAUGGUGCUUUCUUUGAGAAGCUUCUGACGGUUGGAUGAUACUGGUUUUCUCGUUGGAACUUGUUGCUGGAGCUUUACAAUGUGUACAUAGCCAGACCACUUCUGUACUUUUUGUUCACUAAUAUCAUGAGGUGUUUAACGUUUGA